AAAAAAUAGAGAAAAUGGAAAGGAAAUUGGAAAAGAAAAAAAAAUCACCUGAUAAAAAAACCUAAACACGUUUAUCCUAAGCAAGUCGUUCACUUUCUCCGCCGUCCCACUUCGAUCUGCCGUUCGCUUCGGUCUCCUCUCCGGUCUCUUUCUGUUAUCGCCGCUUCUCUCCGGUGUCAAUUCGUUGCUGCUUCAAUUCAUUUCCAUUGCUGCUGUUCGCUGCUCCUCUCCUCUCCGCUGCCGCCGCCUGCUCCAACAAAUUAUAAUUUUCGCAUAAUCGUUUUUACAAAUGGGUAAAAAGAAAACUGAUGAGGCUGGUGGAGCCAAUAAAGCUACUAAUAAGCAAAGCAGUAAAGAUGGAAAGAAAGUUUCAAUUGCAGCUAUGCUUCUUAGCAAUGAUGAGAAACCCGAGAAGCCUAAAAAGGGAGUGGCUUCUUCUUUGAGCACUGCCAAAGCAAAGGCUCCUAAAGUGUCAUCUUAUACCGAUGGGUUGGAUCUACCUCCAUCUGAUGAAGAAGAAAAUAGUUAUGUCUCUGGAGAUGAGCAAGAGCAGGCUGGGGGUAAAAAACGGUCGAGUAAAGAAACAAUGAAUGAAGGAAAGCCUCUUGAGAUAUCUGUAACCGAUAAAGAACUCAAGAAACGAGAAAAGAAGGACUUGCUUGCUGCUUAUGCUAUUGAGCAGGCCAAAAAAGAGGCCCUCAAGGAUGAUCAUGAUGCUUUUACUGUUGUUAUUGGUAGUCGGGCUUCAGUUCUUGAAGGUGACGAUGAAGCGGAUGCUAAUGUUAAAGAUAUUACAAUAGAAAAUUUCUCUGUGGCAGCACGGGGGAAAGAACUCUUAAAGAAUGCAUCUGUUAAGAUUUCUCAUGGAAAGAGAUAUGGGCUGGUUGGGCCAAAUGGAAAGGGCAAGUCUACGUUAUUGAAACUUCUUGCUUGGAGAAAAAUACCGGUUCCAAAAAAUAUCGAUGUGCUUUUGGUUGAGCAAGAGGUUGUUGGUGAUGAGAAAACUGCUCUUGAAGCAGUUGUUGCAGCCAAUGAAGAGUUACUCAAGGUUCGGCAGGAAGUUGCAUCUUUGCAAAAUUUAACUGCAGCAGAUGAAGAUGGGAAUGAUAUAGAUGGAGAUGAUGUAGGAGAGAGGCUUGCUGAAUUGUAUGAGAAUUUACAGAUUUUGGGGUCAGAUGCUGCAGAGUCUCAGGCAUCAAAGAUUUUGGCUGGAUUGGGUUUCUCCAAGGAAAUGCAGGGGCGUCCUACCAAGUCAUUUAGUGGUGGCUGGAGAAUGAGGAUUUCAUUGGCUAGGGCGCUUUUUGUGCAGCCUACUCUUCUUUUGCUAGAUGAACCAACUAACCAUCUCGAUCUCAGGGCUGUACUCUGGCUAGAGGAGUAUCUUUGUAGGUGGAAGAAAACUCUUGUAGUUGUUUCCCAUGAUAGGGAUUUCCUUAACUCGGUGUGCAAUGAAAUUAUCCAUCUUCAUGACUUGAAGCUUCAUGUCUACCGUGGGAAUUUUGAUGAUUUUGAAAGUGGCUAUGAACAGCGUCGCAAAGAGAUGAACAAGAAGUUCGAGAUCUAUGAUAAGCAGGUAAAAGCUGCUAAAAGAUCAGGAAACCGCGCUCAGCAAGAAAAGGUUAAAGAUCGUGCAAAAUUUGUUGCUUCCAAGGAAGCAUCAAAGAGCAAGGCAAAGGGCAAGGUUGAUGAAGACGAACCCCUGGCAGAGGCUCCCAAGAAGUGGAAAGAUUAUACUGUGGAAUUUCACUUCCCUGAACCUACAGAGCUAACUCCCCCAUUGAUGCAAAUGAUUGAAGUCGGAUUUAGUUACCCUAACCGAAAGGAUUUCCGGCUAUCAAAUGUCGAUGUAGGCAUUGACAUGGGAACUCGAGUUGCUAUUGUUGGGCCGAAUGGAGCUGGGAAAUCCACUAUUCUAAAUCUUCUCGCGGGUGAUUUAGUUCCUUGUGAAGGAGAAGUGAGGAGAAGUCAGAAGUUGCGCAUAGGGAGGUACUCACAGCACUUUGUGGACCUAUUGACAAUGGAUGAAACACCUGUUCAGUAUUUGCUUCGACUUCAUCCUGAUCAAGAGGGGCUUAGCAAGCAGGAGGCCGUCCGUGCCAAGCUUGGAAAAUUUGGACUACCAAGCCAUAAUCAUCUCACACCAAUUGCAAAGCUUUCAGGAGGGCAGAAAUCACGGGUUGUCUUCACUUCUAUAUCCAUGUCAAAGCCACACAUAUUGAUGUUGGAUGAGCCUACAAAUCACUUGGACAUGCAAAGUAUUGACGCGUUAGCCGACGCACUAGAUGAGUUCACUGGCGGAGUUGUCUUGGUUAGUCAUGACUCCAGGCUGAUCUCUCGUGUCUGUGACGAUGAAGAGAAGAGUGAGAUUUGGGUGGUUGAAGAGGGAUCAGUGAGGAAGUUUCCAGGCACAUUCGAAGAAUACAAGGAAGAGCUACAAAGGGAAAUUAAAGCCGAGGUUGAUGAUUGAGUUUUGUUAGAUGAACAAAUUCAGCUGACACCAUAAGAAUUCAGAUGGCCAUAAGAAUUCAGUUGACAGGAUUUUGCCAAUUGCGGAGAGGAUUGUUUAUCUGCACUUGAUUCGGAAGAAGCGACACAAAUGACAACAGCAGUAUGCAAGUUACCCGAAAAUAAAUAAUAUUUUUGGUGAAUUUUAGGUUGAGUAAAUUAUAUUUUUUUCUUUGUAAAGAUGAUUUAUGAGAUAUGGUAUUAAGGGUGAGAUAAGUUGAGAAAUAAGAUGACAUACUUUUUUUUUAA